AUUUUUGACCACUACGCAUUGUGGCGCUGUUGCGCUCUUCUCUCUUCUAGGAAGCUGCCUGAAACGGUAGUUCACUUGCUAACCACUUCGGUAGAGACAGGACUGAUUAGCAGCGGAGCGGAUUAAAAGUAUUCUUUAAUCUUCGGUUAGACUGUUAUAAGUCUCUGAUCUUCAGUGUGUGAGGAGGUGGAGCCAGGAAUACAGUGAGGCACCGUCCCCAGUGAGAUCAUCGACUUCUUAGGGUGAUUUACAUGUGAUUACAGCUUGUUCAUCAGAAACAACCCACUACCAGCUAUUCCAGGUUGUGCUGACAGAGUUCCUCAGUAAUGGACGAGGACAAAGAGUUGGAGAGCGCCAUGUUGAACAUCUCACCCUCUGACCUGCUGAGCACGAGCAUUGCUGUAGCUGCAGCAAAAAGAGACGAGGAUGUGUCAAGACUACUUCCACGAGCAAAACCAGGUUUUUAAAUGAGAGGUUUCAGGACUGGAGAGCUAUUCUCUUGCAUGAAGAAUUGCCAUCCUAAACUGAGCCAUGACCUUCUGUGUUCUGCCUUUGCUUUUUGUUAUGGCCACGUUCUGGCCAGGUUCCUGUUCCAUGUGUCUCUUCCUACUGUUACACUAAAAGUCCUCAGGACUAUGAAUUGAUUCCUGCUGAGAAGAUGUGAUUCCAGACACAUCCCGUCUGCAACGCUGUCCAGACCUCCUCCUGAUGCAUCAGAGCAACUGGAAACCUCAGCAGUUGAUGUCCCUACCAGUAAACAAGGGAAGACACCUGCGGCCCUGCCACCAGAGCUCGCCUUCCUGGCAAAGGAAACAUCGAGCUUCACAAAGAGCCUGGAGUCAUCUAACGAUUCAAACACAAGAUCUGCUGGCUCCUCUGCACAGAGAGUGCUGGAUUUUGAAGACAGAGGUGAAAAGGUUUCCUCAGCCCAGCCACCUGCUCCUUCACUCUUGCCUGACCGGGACCUCGAUAUGAACAGCUGGAGCUGUUCUCAGCACCAGAAACUGUGGAUGAGGACAGAACUACAGGAUCUCGGACUGUGGCCUGGCUCUCGUCCCGUUCGCAUCGUUGGGAACGCAGUUUCCCUCUGGCGUCUUCCUCCACAACCAGAGCUGAUCGACACAGUGGCCGACCUCCCAUCACCCAACUUCUUUCAGCUGCACCCGUUUUUCAUCUGGAAGCCUGAAAGUAACAUCAUGAUCAGACUGAGGAACAAUUACAUCCUGCCCUGUCUUCAUGGGUGUCAUCAUCCUCAGGUGGUCUCUGCUGGCGUGGGUAGGCCUCGGGUGAUUGUUGGCACCGGUGGACAGUAUUAUAUCUUUUCCUCCAGACUUUGUUGCAAGUCCUGUCGGAGAAACUGGUUUGCAGACAGUCCCCGGUGGCUGCAAAAGCUGCCCAGCCACUUCACAAACAUUCUGCCUGCAUUCCUGACAUAUAAGAAGGCCAUCUGCAAGUCUGUAAUGGAUGAGCUGAGGCGCACGGGCAAAUCACCAUCAGACAUGGCAAACCAGGUGAAUGAACUCAUGCAUCUCAAAUAUGAGCGAGCUCACCUGGCAUACCUGCAGGCAAUCGAGAGCGUUUGGGAUGCUGAGGCAGGGGUUCAUGGACAGAAGACCAUUGGGCAGUUUGUGAGAAAGGACAAUGCACCACGUCCUUUUGGCUCCUAUGAAGAUGGCAGUGGGUGGUGUGGAAUUUCUGUUUCCAGCUUCUACCUCACUGACUGUCUGCUGGAAGAGUACAGACGCCAAGAGCCAGUCAUGUCCAGGCUCCUUCAAGGAUCUUUUGGACAAAUCUUCAGGUCUGACCACACCAGAAAAGUUGCACGCAAAGUGACACUUGCAUCAGGGACAAUGUCUAGCUUUGCGAUCAUGAACGAAAACUGGUUGAUUGUUUCCUGGGUGAUGGUUCAGUCUGAGGCUGAGAGGUCCUUGCAGCCGAUGUACGAGGGAGUGGCCAGGAGGUACGCUGAAGCUGAAGUGGAGAAGGCAGGCUACCACUGGGUGGACAGGGAUUGCUGUGCUUCUUUCAAGAUCCCAGACUCCAUCCCUGGUGAACAUUUACUCUGGGAUGCUUGGAAGACAACCCCUGCCAUUGUGAAUGCUGCUACCUCUGGACCCCUGGCUAAUACUAGUGCCUCUCGAUCCCAUUACAACCCCAACAUUGCCAUAAAACUGGACUUGUUUCACUGCCUCAGGCGCUUUUCACGGGAGUGCACGUCUGAGCAUCACCCCCUCUACAGCAGUUUCUGCCAGCUUCUCUCUGCUGCCUUCUCUGUGGUGGAUCAGGAGGACCUCAAGAAGCUCCGGGACGCCUACGAAUUCUGUGGUAUCCGGCCAGCCAAUCCCACCAAACAACACAUACGGGAGCACUGCAGGACCAAGAUACCACAGCCCACAGAGCUCCUGGACAGAGUGGAAAAGGUGAUCAACCAUUUUCAUCUGGCCAAGGAUCCAAAUGAUGUCCCUCUGUUUAAACCCUCCAUGCUGAAGACGUGGCGCAUACAGCGAGUGCAUAUUCUCCGUGGAUGCCUCAGUGACCCUGAAAUCUCCGAGAGGAUCAUGUACAGGUAUGGUGGCACUCUUCAGCUUAACCAUGUACCUGGAGAAGGAGCAAAGGUCAACAUAUGGAUUCCUGUCAGAGGUACAUCACAGCAAGAGGGGUACCAUUUCCACCAAGCCCAGUGGAUCACUGGAACCCAUGCCUCCACUGAACUGUUUCAGGCGCAGGGAAUGACAGGAGUGGCAAGAUGGAACUACCAACGACUGGUGGACCUUAAGCGACCAGACGUUGUCCUGCCAGCUGUAUUUGAUCCAGCUUUAAUAGCUGAAUUAAACAGCUCUUACAAGAGAGUGACUGGACAGGAGAAAUAUCCCACUCUCAGAGUCUCUGACAGGGACACCGGCGAAAGAUUUGGACUUGAGUACAUAGAGCCAGGCUGCCGACCGGUCCCUCUUGACUGGGACAAACACAGGACUCAGAAGAGAGGUGAAUCAUCUGCUCCAUUCCUGCUUCCUGUGCAUUCAUCCAUCUCGGCUCAAGUUCCAACUCCAGCGUCAACCUCCAACUUGGGUUCAGCUCCAUCUGUCAGCCCUCUACUCUCUGCUGGUGACCUCCUGAAAGAAGAUGUCCAGGAAUUUCUAGCCACACCAGAUCUUUCGUGUGCUCCACCUCUGCCUCUGAGAGCCUACCCAAGUAGCGCCCGCGUCGGACCCAUAAAAACAGGUGGGCGGGUCUUUGUGUUGGAUCACACACGCUGGACACCGCCCAUGAAAGAGGCCAUUGAUGACCUGCUGCAGAAGCACCGUGGGGACAAGGAGAUGCUGAAGCUUGUGGAUCAGGAAUACGCAGCCAUUGUUCAUCGAGCUGCUGCUGAUCCUAACAGCCUUCUGCAUCCUACCACCAGACUGCACAUCUCCCGCUACGUGAAGCACCUGGUGAAACUGCUCAACACCAGUUCUUCUUUGAACAUAAGCCCAGAGAAACUGAAGGAUACACAACAACUGUGGCACUCUUUAACAGAGGGGAGUGAGUCAUCCCAUGUUCCUGUGGUCACUAUUGAGCCAGCUACUUUCAACCCUCCUGCACCUGCUUUGUCCUCACCUCUGACUCAACACUCUCUGGAAAAAAUCGUAGAGGGCAUUUUGAGCAAACAGCAGCAGCAGGAGCAGCAGCAGCAGCUCCCGCCAGAGCAAAAGAAAAGACAGACAAAGACCUGUCUUUCCUGCGGACAGCCAAAGUCUCGAUAUGAAACUGAUGGAUCCUCGAUCCACUUUUUCUAUCAACAGGGGCCUGUGCGGUAUUUUUACUGCUCACAAAAGGUGCACCAGAGCUAUGCUGCUGAAGGACUCUCUAACCCUACAAUGUCAUUUGAAGACUUUUCAACCACUGACUUUUUUCAGAGAGAACUGGAUGCAACCAAGAUGCGAGUGCAGGAGAAGACUGAAAAGAAAAGGCAAAGGACAGAAUCGGCACCAGCAGGCCGUCUCUGUAGGUUCUGUCACAUGGAGCUGAAACAGGGACCCAACAGCCCACACAUCCACACAGGAUUCCCCGGAGUGGCAGGAAAAUAUAUUUACUGUCCCUCCAAGGUGUUCGCUCUUUACCAAAGCCAGGGAAUGGUCAAAGAGAUGAGCUGGAAGGAGUUCAGUAAGUCUCCUUUCUACGAGGUGGAAAAACAAAGAUGGGUGGAGGAAAAGAACAAGUGAACAACUUGGGUUUAGUGUAUUUAUGUAAAUAGAAAAUGUUGUAAAUCCUCAGAGGAUUGUUUCAUUGUUUUUUUAUCCUCUAGGUUACUGAUCAGAUGUAAAUUUGCAAGUGUAAGUUUAACAUCUGUACUUCUGUUUAUUUUGGUUUGUCACAGGAACAUUGGGACUAGUUUGUUUCUUUGUAUAUAAUGUAUAUUGUUUUUCUGUUAAAAUACCAUCUGGUUCAUGUUAAAUUAAAAAAAAAAUUGUUCUAUCAUUACUUGCAGCAAAAUGUUAUUUAAAUUGUUGCUUACAGCAGCUACUUGUACAUAUCAACAUCUGCUGGCUCAGUUUGUCUGGAGCAACACAUAAACAAACCUUGCAGUUGUGAAAGGAACAAAAUACUCACUGUGACUGCUGCAUUUGAAAAGCUUUGGCAAUAAAAUAUUUUUGUGAGAACA